AUGUCCGAGUGCCCCGUCCGCAAGUCCAACGUCGGUGGUGGUGGCACCAGGAAUAACGACUGGUGGCCCGAACAGCUCAAGCUCAACAUCCUCCGCCAACACACCCCUGUCACCAACCCGCUCGACAAAGACUUUGACUAUGCCGCUGCCUUCAAGAGCCUCGACUAUGAAGGCCUCAAGAAGGAUCUCACCAGCCUCAUGACCGACUCCAAGGACUGGUGGCCUGCUGAUUUCGGUCACUAUGGCGGUCUCUUCAUCCGCAUGGCAUGGCACAGCGCCGGCACCUACCGUGUCAUGGAUGGCCGUGGAGGCGGUGGUGAGGGCCAGCAGCGCUUUGCUCCUCUCAACAGCUGGCCCGACAACGUUUCUCUCGACAAGGCCCGUCGUCUCCUGUGGCCCAUCAAGCAGAAGUACGGCAACAAGAUCUCGUGGGCCGACUUGCUCCUCCUUACUGGCAACGUGGCUCUCGAGUCCAUGGGCUUCAAGACCUUUGGAUUUGCUGGUGGCCGUCCCGACACCUGGGAGGCUGACGAGUCCACAUACUGGGGUUCCGAGACUACAUGGCUAGGCAACGAGGACCGUUACGCCGAGGGUCAAGAAGGCCCCAAGGGACAUGGCCCUGACGGCAUUCCCGAUCCCGUUGCCUCGGCCAAGGAUAUUCGUGUCACCUUUGGUCGCAUGGCUAUGAACGACGAAGAGACUGUCGCUCUGAUCGCUGGUGGUCACACUUUUGGCAAGACCCACGGUGCCGGUCCUACUCAUCACGUCGGCAAGGAGCCAGAGGCAGCCCCCAUCGAGCAACAAGGUCUCGGCUGGGCCAACAGCUUUGGUCAGGGCAAGGGUCCCGACACCAUCACCAGUGGUCUCGAGGUCACUUGGACACCAACCCCUACCAAGUGGGGCAUGGGCUAUCUCGAGUACCUCUACAAGUUUGAGUGGGAGCAGACAAAGAGCCCUGCUGGUGCCAACCAGUGGGUGGCCAAGAACGCUGAGCCCAGCAUCCCGGAUGCCUAUGACCCCAACAAGAAGAAGCUCCCAACUAUGUUGACGACCGAUCUGGCCCUGCGCAUGGAUCCCGCCUAUGAUAAGAUCUGCCGCGACUUCCUUGCGAACCCAAACAAGUUCGCCGAUGCUUUUGCCCGCGCUUGGUUCAAGCUUCUUCACCGUGACAUGGGCCCGCGUACUCGCUGGAUUGGUCCCGAGGUCCCCUCUGAGGUUCUCCCAUGGGAAGACUACAUUCCUCCCGUAGACUACCAGGUCAUUGACGAUAACGACAUCAAGUUGUUGAAGAAGGAGAUUUUGGCUACCGGUGUUGCUCCCAAGAAGCUGAUCUUCGUUGCCUGGUCCUCGGCCUCGACCUUCCGUGGCUCCGAUAAGCGCGGUGGUGCCAACGGUGCCCGUAUCCGUCUUGCUCCUCAAAACGAGUGGAAGGUGAAUGAUCCUGCUACGCUGCGCGAGGUCCUUUCUGCUCUCGAGUCAAUCCAGCAAAAGUUCAAUAACAGUUCGAGCGGCAAGAAGGUCUCGUUGGCUGAUCUCAUCGUUCUCGGUGGUGUCGCCGCCCUUGAGCAGGCUUCUGGCCUGGUGGUUCCCUUUACCCCAGGCCGCAACGACGCCACUCAGGAACAGACGGAUGUGCACUCUUUCGGUCAUCUCGAGCCUUAUGCCGACGGCUUCCGCAGCUACGGCAAGGGUACCGAGCGCGUACGCACUGAGCAGUUCCUCAUUGACCGUGCCUCGCUGCUCACCCUCUCGGCGCCCGAGUUCACUGCCCUCAUUGGUGGUCUUCGCGUGCUAGAGGCCAACUAUGAUGGCGGAUCCCAUGGUGUUUUGACCAAGACUCCCGGCAAGCUUACCAACGACUUUUUUGUCAACUUGUUGGACACCAACACGGCAUGGAAGAAGGCGGAUAAUGAGGGUGAGUUGUUCAUCGGCUAUGACCGCAAGACCCAUGAUAAGAAGUGGACUGCCACCAGGGCCGAUCUCAUCUUUGGAUCCCACGCUGAACUUCGCGCGCUUGCGGAGGUGUAUGCUUCAGUGGAUGGCGAGGAUAAGUUUAAGCGCGACUUUGUGGCAGCUUGGCACAAGGUGAUGAACCUGGAUCGAUUCGACCUCAGGCAGGAGGGCCGGGGCCAGAACACGCCCAAGCUUUAG